UCUAGUUUUAUAAACAUUGCGCAAAGCUAGUGACUAUAUCACUAGUGGCUCAUAGUAAACACUUCUGUAUAAGAACUUGCAACAUCUAAUUUAGUGGAAUCUCGCUUAAAACGAUGGCAAAGCUUGCUUGUAUUUUGUUCUUCUUAGCUACGGUUCAAGGGGAUAUUUAUAUGCAUAAUCCAAGGGGCUCAAAUAAUCGACUGGACGAAGCAAAAAGAGAGAGAAAUAAUGCUAAUAGAUUGUUCGAUUCACAAAACAAUAAUCGCGGUGGAUACAAUGUUGGUAGUCUUUAUUAUUACGAGGGUUCUGUUCUCUCUGUGGAAUGGACAAAUCAACAUUCCUGUGGAGACCCAAAUAAUAAUUGUGAAAUUAUUUUACAAUACAUGUGUGGAGAUUUGGUUCGAGAUGGUACAACUACACAGACAAUACCUGACAAUCGAGUUCAAUGCAAGAAUUAUGACUGCAAAAGAGACAAAACAUUUGGUAUGCAUGAAGAUUAUGAUUAUUAUAAGAAGUGUAAUUUUCGAAAACGGAAUAGAGGAUUAUUUACUGCGGAUCAGAAAUUAAAGAAAAAUUCAGCAAGAGCAACUCGGCAAAACCCUGGAGGAACCAGACGUGGUUAUGAGUGCCCAGAAGAAAGAGAUUAUUAUCCUUAUUGGCAUCCAUCACCUUGGAAGGAUAUUGCAGUCCUCACCAAUGAUGCAACCCGAUGUCCAUUUUAUGAAAGAGAAAGUGAAAAUGUGAAGGGCCGUUAUGAAUGUGUGUUGCCAAAAGAAUACCUGAGAAAAAAAAAUUAUCGAAAUUAUGAAAUCCCUAAUAAUGAAGAAGAUUGUUUGAAAGAAAUCCAAACAAAUUUAGUGAAAUCACCAAAUGGUACGGCGCUGCGUGGUGAAUGGGUACUUCGACCAUCCCAUGGGUUGCCUCCUCCAGAAUGUCGCGAGACUGACUGGUCACGUGACAAUCAUCUAGGAAAUGGGAUUGGUGGUUUUCCAAAUGCUUACAAUUGGACAUUGCCAAAUAUAAAUGAAGAAAAUUGUGUUCUCAGGAUAAGAUACAACAUUUCAACUGGCGAAUUUGAUGGCUGGGACUCCAGUGUGAAUGCAUCACUCAACACACCAAGGGGACAACGAGAAACACAGCUAGAUGUUGCUUCUAAGUAUGAUAUGGACCAAGAAGAAGCUAAAAAAAGGGGAUAUGUUUAUAAACAGAAUCCUCAAGUCAAAAUAUUUGGAGAUGGAGAUGAAGGAUUUGAAUUGAGGUUGGCAAUUAACACCAAUCAAUUCGGUCGUGUUUUUCAAGACAGAUCACACACAUUCGCGAUCAGAUCACGACCUGCAAACCUAGCUGGAAGGACUGUCCAUAAUCUCAAUGUACGUGGUAAACGUGGAAAUAUUGUACAAGUAUAUCCUGCUGUAGAGUAUGAUUUUGUACCUAACAGACUGGGAAUAAGAAAUGGAGACUAUGUUCACUUUCAAUGGACUGGUUCAAACACGAACCCUAAAAACAAUGAUGGUCAAGGCAAAGCAGGAACUGAUAGAAACAACGCUGUCUUGCUACGAGGUCCACAGUACAAAGAAGCAACUCCAGAGUCAGGAACGUAUGGUCACUGGGGAAAUAAUUAUCCCCAACAUUUGGAUAAAGCAGAAUUUCUGGGUCUUAGAAGAAAAGAUUUACAACACUUGAGCAUCUUAGAUAACGCUCAAUAUGGCGGGGAAAUGUCUGAACUGGAUGACGCAGGAACAUACUUUGAUCUCGGCCCCAGGAAGGUGACUUCAAACGGCAUUUAUCAUUACAUGUGUUCAAGAAACAAUAAUUUCUCAAAUCGUGGUCAAAAAGGCAAGAUUGUUGUCAGUGAUACCGCUGUAAGCUCCAAGAAGAUAGGAUGGAAUGGAGGAAACGUCACCGUUGGCGAGAGCAAUGUCCAAGGUGUGUGGGUGGAACGUGGUACAUUCAACAGCCUUAAACCAAUCACACUUGAGGAAUGGUCAAAAAGCGAUGGUGAGUCACAGAUCGAAGCCAUGGGUGGAUCUGUUGAUGUUGGUGAUAGUUACGCCAGUAACUUCCUGGUGAUUAAUCCACAAGAGAAGUUAACUGAUGGUGAUAAGAAAUUCUCUGUGACGUUGAAAGUGGACUCGAGUAUGUCAGGAACAGUAACUGUCUAUAAAUCAGAUAAAGAUAAACCAGAGUGGCGUAAAGUCGAUUCAAAUAUUGAAGAUGGAGUCGCAAAAAUGCAGGUUGAUUCAGGUGGUAUUAUCAUGGCCCGUUCAUCUACCAACGUCGGUUUGAUAGUUGGUGUGGUAAUUGCUUGUCUUAUUGUGGUGGUAAUUAUCGUUGGUACGACCAUCUACUGUCGCAAGCAUCCUGAAAAAUGGCACAGCACCCGACGAACAUUUACCAACUGUCAUCGAUCAUUACAGCGCACUGUUUAGGAUCAAUCAUAACGUCAUUCAUACUAUAAACGUUUGCUUGAAAUUGUCGAUCUUCAGUCAUGUAAUUAUUUCAGUGAUAUGUGAGAUCAUGAGCUCACGUUGAAAAUGCUUGGUAGGGUAGGGUACAGUAGGUAGAUUCGUGUAACCUCUAAUUCAGAAUGCGAUUACCAAACCAUUAAGAUGUUGCUGUAAUAUCUAACUAUAUAAUGGAAAUAAUGUCUAACUUUGUAGAAAUUAUUACACACAUUUUUUACAUGUAAUUAUUUAUAAAUACAUUUUUCACACAAUUCUUAAUUGCCAAUGUUAGAAAUUAGAAUGCUACGGAACAGCAAUAAAAUAAUGUCAAA